AUGUUCAUGAGAACUACUGUGGGGAUUACCCCCAUGGUUUUAUCCCAGCAUAAAUUUGGAGUCCUCCGAAUAUUCAGCAGAUCAUACGCGAAAUCUAAAUCUUCGAAGUUAUGGUUGGACAGGAGUAAGAAAGACCCAUAUACGCGUGAGGCUAAGAUGCAGAAUCUGAAAAGUCGAGCUGCGUUCAAACUACUGCAAUUGGAUGUGAAGUUCAAACUGUUUGAAAAGGGCCAGAAUGUUGUCGACCUCGGUUACGCUCCCGGUGCAUGGUCUCAGGUUGCUUAUGAAAGGUCCAAAGGUACGGUACUAGGAGUUGAUAUUCUUCCCUGUGUACCUCCACCUGGAGUCUCCUCAAUUCAAGGGAAUAUCCUCUCCAAAGCAACACAAGAUAGAAUCAGGCAACAUUUUAAUGCAGAACGGAGAAAAUCUGACAAAGGCAUCCUCGUUGAAAGCUCGGAGAUGUCUAGCCAAGCACUGGUAUCCACGGAAUCCUACCUCGAGAGAGAGAUGACAUCACAAGAAGGUAACGUUGGUAACAAGUUCCCCAUUGACCUUGUGCUGAGUGAUAUGUGCGCGCCAUUUACCCUAUUUAGCGGAUUUUCGAGUAUGACUACUAACAUGCCGUAUUUUAGGAUGGCGAACACAUCGGGCUUAGUGGUGAAGGAUCACCAGAUGAGUUUGGAUUUGUGUGAUGCCGCUUUGAUUCUGGCUAUAGAUAUGCUUCGUCCUGGAGGGGCAUUUGUCUGCAAAUUCUUCACUGGGGCAGAGGACAAGUUACUUGAAAAACGGUUGGAAAAGACGUUCGACAAAGUAUGGAGGUUCAAACCACCAGCUUCCCGGGAUAAGUCGAGAGAGUGCUACUUCAUAUGCAAGGGAAAGCGUGAAAAUAUCGACAAGCUGGAGGUGUUUCAGACAACUUGA